AUGGAUGUUUCCAAAGCCACCAAAUUUUUUGUCUCGACCGGACGUCGGAUCCUCACCAUUGGCUUUGCCUUGCUCAUAUUAUCAGUUCUGGCCUGGGCCUACAUUACGGGCAUCCAGCUGGUCUCUGACCAAUACCACAUCAUGGCCUUUGGUCUCUACGGAGCCUUCCUCACCUUCCACCUCAUCAUCCAAAGCUUCUUUGCUUUCCUGGAGCACAAGAGGAUGCGGAGGGACUCAGUCUCCUGCAGCUAUACCAAGAGUGUGGCCCUCACCAUCUCUGCUUACCAGGAGGACCCAGCCUACCUCCGCGAGUGCCUUCAAUCUGUCAAGGCAACCCUGUAUCCCCCAGAUAAACUCCGGAUCAUCAUGGUGGUAGACGGGAACAGCAGUGAGGACCGAUACAUGAUGGAUAUGUUCCAAGAUGUCUUUGCUGGAGAAGAUGUGGGCACUUUUAUUUGGGAGAACAACUACCACCAUCAGCCUCAGUUGGAUAUGGAGAAAAGGGACAGUGGUUACCAGACUGGGGAUGAGCCCUCUCACUACACCGAGAUUGAUAUGGAAGACCCUGGGCAACUUGUGGUGGAAGAACUGAUCCGCACCAAGCGAUGUGUCUGCAUCAUGCAAAAAUGGGGUGGGAAACGAGAAGUCAUGUACACAGCUUUCAAGGCCCUUGGGAAUUCAGUGGACUAUGUUCAGGUAUGUGACUCUGACACCAAGUUGGAACCGGAAGCAACGGUAGAACUGGUGAAGGUGCUGGAGUCAAACGAAGGCUAUGGGGCAGUUGGUGGAGAUGUGAGGAUCCUCAACCUGUCCGAUUCCUACAUCAGCUUCAUGAGCAGCCUGCGCUACUGGAUGGCUUUCAACAUUGAGCGGGCCUGCCAGUCCUACUUCAACUGUGUCUCCUGCAUCAGUGGUCCCUUAGGUCUAUAUCGGAAUGACCUCCUACAGCAGUUUCUGGAGUCCUGGUACAAUCAGAAGUUCCUUGGAACACACUGCACCUUUGGGGAUGAUAGACACCUGACCAACAGGAUGUUGAGCAUUGGCUACGCCACCAAAUACACAGCUCGUUCCCGCUGCUACUCGGAGACCCCAUCCUUGUUCCUACGUUGGCUGGCUCAACAAACCCGUUGGACCAAGUCCUACUUCCGGGAAUGGCUCUACAAUGCCCUCUGGUGGCACCGUCAUCACCUCUGGAUGACUUACGAGUCCGUGGUCUCGGGCAUCUUCCCUUUCUUCGUCACAGCCACUGUCCUGCGGCUCUUCUAUGGGGGGAACCUGUGGGACGUGCUGUGGGUGUUGCUCUGUGUCCAGCUGGUGGCCUGCGUGAAGGCCCUUUACGCUUGCUGGCUGAGAAGUAACCCGGUCAUGCUCUUCAUGUCCCUUUACGCCGUCCUCUACAUGGGAGGCCUGCUUCCGGCCAAGUACUUCGCCAUCUUGACCAUGAACAAGAGCAGCUGGGGCACCUCAGGAAGGAAGAAAAUGGUGGGCAACUACAUGCCUCUGUUGCCCGUGUCCAUCUGGGGUCUGCUUCUGUUGGGCGGCUUGAUCUACACGAUCUACCAAGAGGCCUUGGCUGACUGGACAACAGAGGCCAAACAAACGGAGAUCUUGUACUUGCUGGCUGGUUUGGCCAUCUACUUGGGCUAUUGGACAUUCAUGGUCCUGCUUUACUGGAUAUGGAUUCAGAAGUGCUGCCGGAAGCGAAUGGACUUCUACAGCUUGGAGGUGUGAAGCCGGAAAGAGGGCGAAGAUCUCCAGAAUCCUAGAUUCUCCUCUAAGCUGUCGGAGUACGGAGCAGCUUAACUGAAGGAUUUCCAGGGUCAGAACGAGGAGUUUCUAAUUCAAGGGGAAAAUCCAUCUUUUAAACUCAAGGUGUCUCUUGUUCGGUUGAAGUUUAGACUCCUUCGUUCUCUUCUCCAAUCCAGAGUUAAGCCGAAUGAUGGUACAGGAGCUGUGAGGGGGGUCUGUGUGUGU